CUACGUAACACAACACACACGUGUGCUGCUAACUUUUGAGCACGCAGGUUGACGGGGACGUUUGCCUGUUUGUGGAUUUUAAUACUUUUCGGAAUCCCCUAUUUUGAUAUUCGACAAUGGGUGGGUUGCAAAAGAAAAAGUACGAGAGUGGGUCGGCCACGAAUUACAUCACCCGAAACAAAGCCCGCAAGAAGUUACAGCUGCACCUGGCCGACUUCAGACGUCUGUGCAUUUUGAAAGGAAUCUACCCUCAUGAGCCAAAACACAAGAAGAAGGUCAACAAGGGUUCCACCGCCCCUCGGACCUUCUACCUUCUCAAAGACAUCCGCUUCCUGCUGCACGAGCCCAUCGUCGGGAAAUUCAGAGAGUAUAAGGUGUUUGUGCGGAAGCUCCGUAAAGCGUACGGGAAAGCAGAAUGGACCGGGGUUGCCAGACUGAGGGACAACAAGCCGAGCUACAAGUUGGACCACAUCGUGAAGGAGAGGUACCCCACGUUCAUCGACGCCGUGCGUGACGUAGACGAUGCCCUCUCUAUGUGUUUCCUCUUCUCCACCUUCGCCCGUACGGGGAAAUGCCACGUCCAGACCAUUCAGCUGUGCCGGCGCCUCACGGUGGAGUGGAUGAACUACAUCAUUACUUCUCGGUGUCUGAGAAAGGUCUUCAUCUCCAUCAAGGGGAUUUAUUACCAGGCAGAUGUUCUUGGACAGACGAUCACCUGGCUGGUGCCCUAUCAGUUUGCCCAUGACCAUCCCACCGAUGUGGACUACAGAGUAAUGGCCACCUUCACAGAACUCUACACAACCCUUAUGGGAUUCGUCAACUUCCGUCUUUACCAGACGCUCAACAUUACAUACCCUCCCAAGCUGGAUAACCAAUCUGAAGCGGGACUGAAAGCAGAAUUUGAAGAAGACUAUGCCAUGGACUCCGAAAGCUAUUUGGAGAAACUCUCAGCCUUGAGUGCCAGCUUGGCCCGAGUCAUCAACACGGCAGAGGAGGAAGAAACCCAGCUCGACCACUUCCCUGCUGAAGGGGAGGACGUGGCUGAUGUGGAGGCGCGGGAGAAGGAGCAGAGGGAGCAGGACGCCCAGAGGAACCUCUUUGAGGGGCUGAAGUUCUACCUCAACAGGGAGGUACCCCGGGAGUCCUUGGCGUUUGUCAUCAGGUGUUUUGGUGGCCAGGUGUCAUGGGACAAGUCCCUCUGUAUCGGCAACACAUAUGACGUCACAGACGAGACCAUAACACACCACAUUGUGGACAGACCUAACAUAGAUAAGCAGUACAUCAACAGGUACUACAUCCAGCCCCAGUGGGUGUACGACUCCAUCAACGGCAAGAUUAAACUCCCCGUGGAGGACUACUUCCUGGGGGUCAACCUGCCCCCUCACCUCUCCCCCUUCGUGGAGGAGAAGGACGGCGACUACGUCCCCCCAGAGAAGCUGAAGCUCAUGGCUCUCCAGCGUGGGGAGAAGCCAGAAGGAGACGAACUAGAGGAUGAGGAAGAUGACGACGAUGAUGAUGAUGAGGAGGAUGAAGAAGAGGAUGAGAUGGACGAGGAAGAGGCCGAAGAGGAGAGCAGCCUGAAGAAGAUCGAACAGCAGAGAGGCCAGGGCAAGAUGCCCUCAGUGAAGGUGACCCCAGGUGCGGUCAAGCGGGAGGACAAGAAGCGCACAGACCUGGAGGAGAAGGCCGAGGAGAAGAGGCUGGCCAUCAUGAUGAUGAAGAAGAAGGAGAAGUACCUCUAUGACAAGAUCAUGUUCGGCAAGAAGAGGAAAGUCAGAGAGGCAAACAAACUGACUGCUAAGAGGAAGUCUCACGAUGACGCUUCCAAAACAGAGAAGAAGAAGAAAAAGGCAAAGAAGCAGUGAGAACACACUGACGCCAUCACCAAGGACUGGUUUUAACUUGUAUUUAAAACAGGAUUCUUUCCAUUUUUCGGAAGUAACGUUACAAUGGUUUUGAUCUGUCAUUGUGUGACUGAUUGAUUGGAAGAAUCAAUAUAUGAUAUCAAAUCAUUGUCAUCAUGUCAGUCUGACCGGAUAUCGGCCAGAAGCUAAGACAUACCUUUGGCCUCCGAUAUAUAUUAUGACCUUUAUUCCGAUGUUGAAGAUGGUGAUCUGUAUACGUAGUAAGCGUUCUUUGUUUUUGGCAACGUUUGGUUUGUGCACCAUUAUUUCAACCGUGACCUCAUCCCAAAAUGAGGGUUUUGUACAAUAAAAUACAAUAAAGAUCAA